AUGGGGCAAGAUCAAGCUAUGGACAGAAGACACUCGACGGAAGAAGAUCAACGAUUAACAAAGAUAACUUCUGCGAUCUACACGAUUAAAGAGACUGUAAACGCCGAUCGAGGACAAGAUCAACCUAGCGAAACGAUCGGAGAUGUGAAGGAAAUCGCAACGGACGAGAUCAGACAUGUAGAAGCUGAUCUGUUUCAUAAACGGUCCAGCUAUCAGUCAGACGCGAUCGAAAUGAGAGAUGGUGAAUUUCAAGGACAGGCCGAUCAAUUAGUCGAAGACUGCAAAGUGGUGAAGAUCGACACACCUGCGGACGAUGAGAUCGUGAGACCUCCGACAGGGAUCGAUGUGAUCGAAACAAGGUACGAGAGUGAUCGAGGUAGAGAUAGACCGAGGCAGACAGGACAGAAGUCGGGCGACAUUGAAGAUAACAGGUAUGAGGUAACAGAUCCUGUCCAUAAACAGUCCAGCCGUCAGCCUGACAGGAUUAAGAGUGAAGAUUGUGAGUUACAAGAUCAGGUGGAUAAACGGACGAAAAAAAUGGACUGCACCAAGACCGACGAAGAGACGACGAAAGAUGAGUUGGCGCCAUCACCGAUGUAUCACCACGAUGCCGGCGAACUGUUCGCAGAAGAUGUGGAUCAACACCUGGCUGUUCUUCCCGAAGUCGUUACGCCUACACAAGAUAUAACGAUCGAUGAUAUCCAAAUAGGUGAUCCCGGCAUUCCAAUAACCGAAGAUCAAGAGAAAUUACGACAAAUGAUUUGGAAGAGCCGGCACCUACUAAUUGGAAAAGGCAACGCCCUACCCCCUGCGGCGCGCGGCGCAGUCUGUGACAUUGAUGUGGGAGGAGCUAGCCCGAUCGCACAACGGGUCCGACCGGUAGCUCCAAAGUUCCGAGAAAAACUCGCUGAUCUGAUCAAGGGACUGCUGUCGGCCAAGAUCAUUCGACCAUCUACAUCACCAUGGGCAUCCCCUAUCGUGGUAAUCAUCAAGAAAAACGGAGAAGAUAUAAGGCUGUGUAUUGAUUACAGGCGGGUGAAUCAGCUGACUAGGUUGAUGGUGUAUCCGAUGCCACUGAUCAGCGAACUAUUGCAAGACAUGGAUAAAGCUAUGUGGUACUGUUCAUUGGACAUGGCAAGUGGUUUCUGGGUGGUGGAGAUGACAGAAAGAGCAAGGUCAUUCUCCGCUUUUAUCACGCCAUCCGGGUUGUUUAAGUGGUUACUCAAGCCUUUUGGGCUGAAGGAUGCACCGCAGAUCUACCAACGUCUGAUCGACAACGCCCUCCAUGGGUAUUUGAAGAUCGACCCAAAGUCGGAAUCGACUGUGUGUUGGGUCGAAAGAUCCUACAUUGACGACAUAUUAAUACCGGCUACGUCGUGGAAAGACCUGUGUGGAAAAGUGGAAAGAUUGUUGGAGGUGUGCGAUAAGUGGAAUUUGUCGAUCAGUGUGGCCAAAAGUUUUUGGGGCCGUCGCAAGGUGGAAUAUCUGGGGCACCAAAUCUCACUCGCAGGGUUGGAAGCUAAUCCAAAAAACCUGGAAUCAUUGGUGAACAUCCCGUUCCCUCGCACACUGCGAGCGAUGCAGUCAUUUUUGGGAAGCCUCAACUACUACAGCAGAUUCAUUGAAGACUUCGCAAUAUACGCGUCGGUUUUGUAUGAACUACGAGAGGCGGAUUUUCAUGAGAUCAACCGUUUGAGUGAAGAUCCGACGCCUAUCGCAGCCGUAAGACCUGAUGACGCUCGCGAAGGAAGAGUGAAGGGCGAUCGUGAUUUGUGUCCAAAAGCUGAUAUCGAUCGCGAUUUGUACCCAAUUGUGGGGGGCGAUCGUGAUUUGUGUCCAAAAGCUGAGAUCGAUCGCGAUUUGUACCCAAUUGUGGGGGGCGAUCGUGAUUUGUGCCCAAAACCGGAGAUCGAUCGCGAUUUGUACCCAAUUGUGGGGGGCGAUCGGGAUUUGUGCCCAAAACUUGAGAUCGAUCGCGAUUUGUACCCAAUUGUGGGGGGCGAUCGUGAUUUGUGCCCAAAACCGGAGAUCGAUCGCGAUUUGUACCCAAUUGUGGGGGGCGAUCGUGAUUUGUGCCCAAAACCGGAGAUCGAUCGCGAUUCGUACCCAAUUGUGGGGGACGAUCGAACGCCUGAGACCAGGAACCGAUGGGAGAAGGCGAUAAUCGCAUUCACAUUGCUGAAAGCUAAGAUAGCCACAACUCCAAUCUUAAAACAUUUUGAUCCCGAUCGGUCUCCUGUGAUCGUGGUGUACGCUAGUAAGUGGGCCGUAUCAGCUGCUCUACUACAAGAAUAUGAUGGUGUGUAUUGGCCUGUCACGUUCUCUAGUCGUACGCUAAAGCCCAAUGAGGUCAACUACGGGAUGGUGGAGAAAGAAGUGUUGGCUCUCCUCCGGAUGCUAGAUAUCUGCUAUACUAUGCUAGUAUCCCGUGAGAUUACGGUACUUACGCGGUAUUCGACACUAGCAUGGUUGUUACAAUCUUCAGGCCUCAAUGGAAGAUUGGGAAGAUGGGGCUGCCUUACUAUUGAACUGGACGCUGGAGAUCAGACGAUCUGA